UAAAUAACGCGUGCAGGCUCUGACCGACAAAGUUCAAUUUCUCAUCCAACCUUUUUGAGAGUAAAAGUUCUUUUAAGCUCCUAUCGGAGAGACGACAGUUCAACGCGAGGACAUUUUUCUCCUGAGACAAGAUGUUUCGAUAUUUCUCUUCGUUCUGUCUCCAGCUGGUUCUGCUCUUGGGUCAUGUCCAUGGCAAUUCAUCAAUAAGCCGAAGGUUUGAAAGAGGCGCUUAUUCAAACAGUGGUCACCACUCAUCAAAACUCUCAGUGAAAGACCUUGCUCUCGAGUUGGCAAAAAAGCACUUGCUUAAGAUGAUCCUCAAUGAGCAGCAUGAUUUAGACAAAGUAAAAGAGAGUGUUUACAUCCUGGAAAGAGACAGGUGUACAAACCUCAAAUCUGUUGGAGAACCUGUCACCCACAACACCCGUUAUCGAUACCAUGGAAAUUGGAUGAAAGACCCACUAGGAAUCAUGGGUGCUGAGACCAUAUUUACCAUGGAACAUUAUUCCGGAAGAGUGAUCCAAGCAUUUGAAAACAUGGAAAAGUUCAAGGCUGGUGUAGUUCACAAAUCUUACAAUCUGCCUUACUACUUUGAUGGGACUGGAGCAGUAGUGUAUGGACCAUACCUCUACUACAACGGAGCCAACUCAGGCUAUAUCAAUAAGUAUAAUCUUCACACACAGAGACUAGAGGCUCAAAUAAGUGUCAGCGGGUUCACAGCACGAAAGAACCGCUAUAUGUGGGGAGGUUAUACUGGAAUGGACUUAGCAGUCGAUGAGCAAGGAUUGUGGGCACUGUGGGGGAGUACUGGGAACAGCAAACGUCUUUAUGCAUCCAAAAUAGAUGUGGUUACAAACAGAGUUACCCAAACUUGGAGCUUGAGUACAGAACGAAUGUCCUCAAUGGGAAAUGCUUUUGUGGCCUGUGGAGUGAUUUACUGUAUUGACAGUUCCAGCGGCAAAACCACCAUCAACUUUGCUUAUGACACCAAGACAAGUAAACAGUGGAAUCCCAACAUACAGUUCAUAAACCAGUAUGGUACCAACUCCAUGGUGGACUAUAACCCCAGGGAAAGAGUGCUGUAUGCUUGGGACAACAGGCAUCUUGUUACCUACCCUCUCACCUUUGAGGAAAAAUAGAUUCAUGCAAGAUCUAAAAGAAAACAAACCCAAGCAAUAGAUGUGAAACUUCAAGAUUCAUUUGCUGAUUUGUAGAUGCACUUAGGAACAAAGGAAGUUAGCAUUACAAUUAACAUUUUUACAUAUUGAUUCAGCCUUUGAUUCGGACACAAAACCUUACCUCAGCUGUUGGGUCAUCUGAUGGCUCGAGUGCAGAUAUUUUACCAAGGACUAAUUUUCAAUCAUUUCAGCAGUGAUUGCAAGAUUUCAAUCAAGAGUUUUAACCUCUGUAAAAGUGCUAAUUGUAAACAAAAGUAGUGAAAAAGGAAAAGGAGUCUUACUCUAUCAAUUCACUAUGCCUUCUGUCAUUUUUUGGUUCAAUUUUAAAUCUGCUGUUAGUGCUUAUUGCUCAGAAAAUAAAAUGUGGGAAAGGGGAUUAUAA